CGCCAGCCCCGCCCCCUGCGGCUGCCCUUCCGGCAGCGCUGCGUCACUUCCCGUCGGGCCGCGGCGAGGAGAAGAUGGCGGCGUUGGGCGAGCCGGUGCGCCUGGAGCGAGACAUCUGCAGAGCAAUUGAGUUGCUGGAAAAAUUACAGAGAAGUGGAGAAGUGCCACCACAAAAGCUACAGGCUUUGCAAAGGGUCCUUCAAAGUGAAUUCUGUAAUGCUGUAAGGGAGGUGUACGAACACGUAUACGAAACUGUGGAUAUCAGCAGUAGCCCAGAAGUUAGAGCUAAUGCAACAGCAAAGGCCACCGUAGCUGCAUUUGCUGCCAGCGAAGGUCAUUCCCAUCCCAGAGUGGUUGAACUACCCAAAACCGAAGAAGGUCUUGGAUUCAACAUUAUGGGAGGCAAAGAACAAAAUUCUCCAAUCUAUAUCUCUCGAAUUAUCCCUGGCGGUAUAGCUGAUAGACAUGGAGGCCUGAAACGUGGAGACCAGCUGCUUUCUGUAAACGGAGUGAGUGUCGAAGGUGAACACCAUGAAAAAGCAGUAGAACUGCUGAAGGCAGCUCAAGGAAAGGUUAAAUUAGUUGUGCGAUACACACCAAAGGUCCUGGAAGAAAUGGAGUCGAGAUUUGAAAAAAUGAGAUCGGCCAAACGCAGGCAGCAAAAUUAACAUUGUAUGCGAUAACUUAGAAAAUAUAUUCCAUUUACAUUUUAUAGUUUGCUUUGUGACUCAGUUGAUCCAAUGCCUGGGCUACAAAAGACCCUGUCCUUUUCAUAGAAUCACAGAAUGAUUGAGAUUGGAGGGACUCCUGGAGAUUGUCUGGUGUAACCCCCCUGCUCAGAGGAGAGUUAGCUAGAGCAGGUUGCUCAGGACUCUGACAGGCUUGGUUUUUAAGUGCUCCAAGUAUGGAGACUCCAGAAGAUCUCUGGGCAACCUGUCCUAGUGUUUUGAUCUCCCUCACGCUACAAAGGUCCAUUCUUCCAUUUAAAUGGAGUUUCUUGUAUUGCCAUUGGUGUCCGUUGCCUCUUGUCCAGUCACUGGAUGCUGCUGAGAAGAGUCUGGCUUUUUUACUCCUCCUUAUCAGGCGUUUAUACCCAUUGGUAAGAUCACCCCUGAGCCUUCUCAUCUCCAGGCUAGACAAUCCCAGUUCUCAGCUUCUUGUCUGUCAGACGCUCCAAUCACUUCAUCACCUUGGUGGCCCUUCGCUGGACUCACUCUGGUAUGCCCGUGUCUGUAUUGAACUGGGGAGUGCAAAACUGGACCCAGCGCUUCAGUUGCGUCUGAGCAGAGGGAAAGAGUCGCCCCCCCCUCAAUUUGCUGGCAGCGCUCUUCCUCACGCAGAUCAGAAGAGUGCUGGGCUGCUUUGCUGCCAGGGCGCGCGGUGACUCGCAGUGAGCUUGGGAUGGUUCUCUGCAAGGCUGCUUUGCGGCUGGUCAGCCUCUCCGCCUGUGCUGGUGCGUGGUGUUACUCCUCCCCAGGUGCAGGAUUUUACACUUUCCUUCACUGAACUUUGAGAUUCUCGUUUGCCCAUUUCUCCAGCCUGCCAGGGUCCCUUUGAAUGGCUCACUUGAGGGGCUCUGUCCCAUCACGCUUCAUGUUAACGAGUAUGUUGCACUGUAUGGACCCCAGUACAGACCCCUGGGGUGCAGCAGUAGUGACUGGUGUACAGCAGGAUUUUGUACUACUGAUCCCAAUGACCCUUGGCAGUUCUGCUGGUUUUAGAAUGUUUUCAGUCUCCGUGUGUUUCACAGUUUUAAGAGGAAUGUGUACUUUUAAAAUGGCCUACAAUACCCUGAAAAAGUAUGCGUGGAUAUUUCUGUUGAUUUUUUUAAGAAGUCUCUUUCGUGUCAGACCUCUAAGCGUGAAAGUGAAUUUGCAGUCUUUUCAAAGGCAUUUAAGAACGCAUACUUGUACAAUUGGCAUCCCUUUUUUCCUGCCUUUUUUUUUUUUUUUCAUUACUUAACAUAGAAUGCAGGUUUUUUUGCUAAAUGAUUUUGGAAAAAAGAUUCUUAUGUAGCAGUAUCUUGGCACUUUUCUGAAGAAUAUGUUGUAUAUCAACUACAAAACCUAAUUGUGAUCUACUGUGUAGCUGAUAAUGAUACCAGAUUUUAUAAUGUUCUGGCGAGUACAUUAUUUUUUACACUUCUCCUAAAUUGUGAUUUGUUACUUUGGAAAUUGUAUUACCUCGCCUGUAAAUAAUUUACAGUUGGUGUUCUCAUAGAAUGAUUUUGUAAUAGCCAACAUACACAAAUUUUCAACAAUCAUUCCUGUAACUUACAUUAUUUUGUACUAAUCUUGAAGCAGCUAAGGGGAAAAAAAUCUAAUAGCGUAUACAGUUCUAGAUUGCCUGUCUAGAUGUAUUUUUAUAUUCAGAAACAGAAGAUAUAUUAGUGCAGUGCAAAAGAAUUCCAGAUGUUUCCCUGACUUUCUGCUGUUUAAAAGAAAUAUUCAUCUUAAUUGUCAUACCUCUUUUGUGUUUUUAGUAUGUCCUAUUGUAGUCUUAUUUACAGACUGACUGUAUUGGUCUUGGACUAGUUAAUACCUAAAUUAUUAUUACCUUUAUGAGUACAAUGUUCUGAGGCUUAUAUGCCAGGUUACCACCGAUUUAUUACUGAUUGCUUCUGACUUGGAGAAUUCUUCGUUGUACUACAUCACCAUUGCUAUAAAAGUUUAUGUGGGAUGGUGCUGUGGUGGGAAUAAGAAAAUCUCCAGCUAUAAGCAAUUGAUGUCUUAUCUCGAGCGGUGUUGAUGGUGACAUGGUUUUUGUGUGCUGUUUUGAAGAAAAUUUCUGGACAGAGAUCCACCUCUUGGAAUCUACCAGGUUUGAGAUUGUAGUUAUGUAGUUCAGGUUUGGGGUUUUUUUGGGGGGGUUGUGGGUUUUUUUGUUUGGUUUUUUUUUUUUUUUAAGUUCACCUUUUGGUAUAUAUCUAGAAUUAACUUGGUUGUGUACUGGCUGUCUGUUCCCUUGUAUGGCAGCUGUGGGUGCAUCUUAAUUGACUUAGUAAUUGGAUUUGUAGAAGCUUAAAAGUUAAAACUUAAAAGUGCAGUUCUUACUAUGUGGCUAAUCCCUGGUCUUUCUACAUGGAGCAGUCUGGUCCAUUGUGAAAUAAUUGAGGAUGUGAAAGGAAGGAAAAGGUUAGCGAUCUAAAAAUGACAGCAUGUAGUUUGUGCUUUGUCAGUUGAUCUACUGGAGAAGAAAAAAAUGUGAUUGCUUUCUGCAUGUUUGUAAGCAUGGUAAGCCUGCAAAGAGAAAUUUGGAUUUUAAAGAUACUGAUCGGUUGAAAAUACAGUAUAAAUAUUUAUCGGUUAGAUGACAUGAGCACUGAAUUGCGUGGUUGAUUAUGUGUCAUAGGCCUUUCAGAAGGCCCCAUGUUACUAAUACAACCAUGUUGUUGAAUUGUAUAUUUUUAUGGAACAACUAAUGUUUAUAAAGUAUUGAGACCAAAAUCACUAGUUAGACCAAUUGUGGAUGUGUUUUAAUUUAAUUGUAAAAUAGUAAAGAUUUGUUUUAGAGCUAUAUAUAAAUAUAUAUAUAUAUAAAAGAAAGGUAUGGAUACAAGAUAGAAACGUGCAUUUUAAAACCUAUAUCCCUUCUGUUACUGAACAAAGGUGUGUUUUGUUACUCUACAGAAAUACUUAACUCUAGUGCAGCUAGAGCUGCUAAAUGCAGUAGCAUUUUCAUUCUGAAUUGUAGCAUUUGGAUACAGUUUGUCAACUACUGCAAAUUGUGGGGAGGUGUAUCUGGGCAUAGAAAUUGUACAUGUAGAAUUUAAGAGUUUUUAAAUUGCAACAACAAAAAAAUUCCAAUCAACAGACAACUCGUUAACAGUCAUCUUUAAUACUAUAAAACCCCUGUAAUAUUAAGGAAAGGAUGGAUUAAAAUAUCCCAAGAAACAUGAUCUCUGUUACUACUGAGCAGUGCUUGUACUGUGCUAAUAUAGAGUCCCUGCACACUUGGUGAACAGAUUAAGAAGAGGUAUCAUUUCUGCAGAUGACAUCUACAUCUAUUGCUGCUGUGAGGGAUCUUUGGGUUUUAUCAACAGAAAAAUAAAAGUUAAAUUUCUCGUGCA